CUUCUAUCCAAGACAGGGAGAAAGCCUAGUGCUUCCUGCUUUGGCAGCAGCAAGAGGUUCUGUUCAUACAGGCUCCUGCCCUUGUGUGUGAGCCUUUAGUCCACUCAGAGCCUCAGAAAAAAGUCUGCCUGCUUUUCCCUGGUCUCUCAAGCCAUUUCAUGCCAGCGUGAGAGGCCUGCCUUUCUCCUCGGAGACCUCAGUUGCGGAGUGAAUGUGCUUAUCCCCUCUCGGCAGCACCUGGUGUCCUCAGCUUAGGGAUUCCUGUACUCGGGGCUGGCUGUGGUGCUUCUGUGCACCACGUCGCAGCUCAUAAAUGAGAGAAAAUGAGAGGGUCCGGUCGGGAACUUCCUCCUGAAAUUGGAGCAUGGAGAUUUUAUGUUCUCUUGGAGGAGAGCACUGCUGAAUCCGUUAUUUCCUACUCAUGAACAGACUCACCAUCAAACCACUGUGGAUGUUCGUGAAUUCCCUUACAACCCGCAGCUCUUAACACAUUCGUCAAGGUUAGCCUGGGCCAAGGACGCUGUUACGGUUUGACCAAAAAGAGUUCUUUUAGCACUUUCUCAACUCAGCUUGUGUCCUAAAAAGUGAGAAGCAGCCCUGAGGCUCAUUGGAUGGGUUUCUGUGGAGACCUCUGAGCCGUCGCUUCUGAAGAACUUCUGGCUAGGUGAACCGGACGGAGAUAGGGAAAAAUGGAUGCAGUAAGUACCGCACCGGUGCAGAGUACCGCUUCUGCACAAGAGUAUUUGCCUUUGUCCAGCUACGUCUGGCUACCUCUGACGGCCUGGAGGACUUCCAGCCGACACGGAAAGCUGAUCCUUGUUACAAGUUGCAUUUCCACAGGCCUCCGGGACGCUCGUGGCUGGUGCUGGGACUGGAACAAGCCUCCAGUUCUUCACUGUGUUUUACUCAUCAAAACCUCGUGCAGACUCGAGCCCGCGCGUCAUGGAGUGCUGAGUUAAAUGGAUUCAGUGACCUUUGAGGAUGUGGCUGUGAACUUCAGCCUGGAAGAGUGGGUUUUACUGGAUUCUUCGCAGAAGAAACUUUACAGAGAUGUGAUGCGGGAAACCUUCAGAAACCUGGCCUCAAUAGGGAAAAAAUGGGAAGAUCAUGACACUGAAGAUGGGUACUAUACGCAGGGGAGAAAACUAAGAAUUCAUAUGGUAGAAAAACCUUAUGAAAACAAAGAGGAUCACUGUGGAGGAACCAUCACCCAGACUCCAGAUCUUAAUCUGAACAAGGAAGGUCCUUCUGGAAUAAAACCAUCUGAAGGUCCUCAGUAUAGAGAAACCAUCACCCAGACUCCAGAUCUUAUUCUGAACAAGAAAACACCUUCUGGAGUAAAAUCACCUGACGGUCAUCAGUGUGGAGAAACUAUCACCCAGACUCCAGACCUUAGUCUGAAUAAGAAAAGUCCUUCUGGAAUAAAACCACCUGAAGGUCGUCAGUGUAGAGAAACCAUCAUCCAGACUCCAGAUCUUAAUCUGAACAAGGAAACCCCUUCUGGAGUAAAACCAUGUGAAUGUAGCGUGUGUGGAAAAGUCUUUGUGCGUCAUUCGUCCCUUAGUAGGCACAUCAGAUCUCACAGUGGACAUAAGCCAUAUGAGUACCACGAAUGUGAAGAGAAGCCGUACAAGUGUAAGGAAUGUGGGAAAGCCUUCAGUUACCGCAAAUCUGUUCACAGACACGAGAGGACUCACACUGGGGAAAAGCCCUAUGAAUGUCAGGAAUGCGGGAAAGCUUUCACGUGGCUCACGACUUACCGAAGACACAUGAUAACUCACACAGGAGAGGGACCUUACAAAUGUCAGGAAUGUGGGAAGGCUUUCAGUUGCUCCACUUCGUUGCGAACACAUGAGAGAACUCACACGGGAGAGAAACCCUAUCAGUGUAAACAAUGCGGUAAAUCCCUCAGGUCCCCUCUGGGUCUGCGAAUACAUGAAAGAAAUCACACUGGAGAGAAACCCUAUGAAUGUAAGCAGUGUGGGAAAGCCCUCAGCUGUCCCAGUUCCUUUCGAAGGCACGAAAGGACGCACACUGCAGAGAAACAGUAUGAAUGUAAACAGUGUGAGAAAACCUUCAGCUCCCCUCUAGGUCUGCGGAUACAUGAAAGAAUUCACACAGGAGAGAAACCUUACGAAUGUAAGGAAUGCGGAAAAGCCUUCAUUUCUCUGUCAAGCAUUCGAACCCACAUGAUCACACACACUGGGGAUGGACCUUACAAGUGUAAGGAAUGUGGGAAAGCCUUCAUUUGUCCCAGUUCCUUUCGAUCUCAUGAAAGGACUCACACUGGAGAGAAACCCUAUGAAUGUAAACAGUGUGGGAAAACCUUCAGUUGGCCCAGUUCCUUUCGAAUACACGAAAGAACACACACUGGCGAGAAACCUUAUGAAUGUAAGGAGUGUGGCAAAACCUUCAUUUACCGCACAACCUUUCAGGGACACAUGAGAAAGCACACUGGAGAGAAACCCUAUAAAUGUAAAGAGUGUGGGAAAGCCUUCAUUUCUCCCUCGAGCGUUCGAACGCACAUGAUAAUGCACACUGGAGAUGGACCUUAUAAAUGUAAGGAAUGUGGGAAAGCCUUCAAUUUUCCCAGUUCCUUUCGGAUACACGAAAGGACUCACACAGGAGAGAAGCCCUAUGAAUGUAAACAGUGUGGUAGAGCUUUCAGUUGUUACACAUCCUUUCGGACACAUGAGAAAACGCACACUGGAGAAAAACCCUAUGAGUGCAAGGAAUGUGGAAAGGCCUUCAUUUAUCGCACUACAUUUCGAGGACACGUGAGAAUGCACACUGGUGAGAAACCGUACAAAUGUAAAGAAUGUGGAAAAGCCUUCAGUCGUCCCAAUUCAUUUCGAAGGCAUGAGAGAUCUCACACUGAAUAGAAACUUCCCGAAUGUAAGCAGUGUGGGGAAAAACGUCAGUGAACCUUCAUCCUCACAUGUGAAAGCCCCACGGGAAAGCGGUCCAACAAAUAGAAGAAAGCCUGAUACAAAUAAAUCCCUAUGUAAUGUUCCAGAAAACUGUAACCUCAAUCAUUAUAAAAGUUAUAAAUAUAUUGUAUUUAUCAGUGCCUCAUUCUUAAAGUGGAUCUCUGGACUGUGGAUAUUUACUACUUAAUUUCAAAAAUGAACAUUGAGGUGAGAUAAUUCUGUAAGUACUCUUAUUACUGUUGUUUAAAGAUUAGUAGAUAUUUGCUUUCUCCUUAAAUCAGUAACAUUUUUCUCUUUCCAUUUUGGAGUCUGAUCCAUGGAUGAAUCGAGGUGGUUUCUAAAUGUGCGAGUAGGUUUAAUUUUAAAAUAAUAGCUUAGAAUUGUUGAUAAAUGACAUUUUGGUAUUUGUUGGGAUUUUCCCACUGGCCGCCUCUGUCAGCUACUGGAUCUCCAUUACCCAUCAAAUAUUCCAUCUUUCUUAGGAGAAAACGAGUUUUUGUCACCUGGGUAAUGUGUCAUUUCCUAGAAUCUGUUUCCUUUGUGAUUCUACCUGUAGCCUCACUUGCAUGAGGUUUGGAAGGCCAGAGUACUGGAGGCAUUAGGUUUCAGAGCUGACAGACAGAAGCUGUAUAGGAGCUUGGAGGAUAACCUACUUACAACCUGUUUUCCUGAUCACUUGCCCUGCCAGUCAAGAGUGCCUUCAAAACCACAAUUAACUGCCUGACUUCCAUUUCUCGGAGGCGCAGGUUUCCACAUACACCUUCACAUGUUCUGCAUCAAAGAUCCACCACAGUUUGGAUUUUCCCCCAGCGCUCGUGUAUCCAGGCGACUAAUUGGAGCUUUCAUGGUUGGGAGUAUUCUCUGCUGCUCAGACUCUCCUCUCCUCUAUACUGUAUUCAUUUAAGGUCUAAUUUGUGUAGUAAACACCUUGUUUUGGUAAUACUGCUAGGACCACGUGUUCCUGAUUCCACUGCAAUAGCUACAAUGAUGCCAUCCAAAAGAACCACCUUGGACUUCGGUCCUCUGCUGUGUGGGGACUGUGAGAACUGACCCCUCUCCCAUAUCAGGCCGAUUAUGGAUGUUUCCCUUAGUUCACAGCUGUGUGUAGUUCCUCAGUGUGUCUUCAAGUAUGUUUGUAUGUGAUUAAAAGCAAUGCAUUUGUCAAACAAAA